AUGGCUGCUAACGGUUCCACGUAUGCUCUCUCCAACGAGCACAAGGAGAUGUUGGAGAGGUCGCUCGUCGACUCUGACCCCGAGGUUGCUGAGAUCAUGAAGAAGGAGAUCCAGCGCCAGCGCGAGUCCAUCAUCCUGAUCGCCUCGGAGAAUGUCACGUCCCGUGCCGUCUUCGAUGCCCUCGGCUCGCCCAUGUCCAACAAGUACUCCGAGGGUCUGCCCGGUGCCCGCUACUACGGCGGCAACCAGCACAUUGACGAGAUCGAGCUCCUGUGCCAGCAGCGUGCCCUCAAUGCCUUCAACCUCGACCCGGCCCAGUGGGGUGUCAACGUCCAGGCCCUCAGCGGCAGCCCGGCCAACCUGCAGGUCUACCAGGCCCUGAUGCCUCCCCACGGCCGCCUCAUGGGUCUCGACCUCCCCCACGGUGGCCACUUGAGCCACGGCUACCAGACCCCGGCCAAGAAGAUCUCGGCCAUCUCGACCUACUUCGAGACCAUGCCCUACCGCGUCAACAUCGACACCGGCAUCAUCGACUACGACAGACUCGAGGAGAACGCCCAGGUCUUCCGCCCCAAGAUCCUCGUCGCCGGUACCUCGGCCUACUGCCGUGAGAUCGACUACGCCCGCAUGCGCAAGAUUGCCGACUCGGUCGGUGCCUACCUCGUCGUCGACAUGGCCCACAUCUCCGGUCUCAUCUCGGCCGGCGUCAUCAAGACCCCCUUCGACUACGCCGAUGUCGUCACCACCACCACCCACAAGUCGCUCCGUGGCCCCCGUGGUGCCAUGAUCUUCUUCCGCAAGGGUGUCCGCAGCACCGACGCCAAGACCGGCAAGGAGGUCCUGUACGACCUGGAGGACAAGAUCAACUUCUCCGUCUUCCCCGGUCACCAGGGUGGCCCCCACAACCACACCAUCACUGCCCUGACCGUUGCCCUGAAGCAGGCUGCCUCGCCCGAGUUCAAGGCCUACCAGAAGCAGGUGGUUGACAACGCCAAGGCUCUCGAGGCCAGACUGAAGCAGCUUGGCUACAAGCUGGUCUCCGACGGCACCGACUCGCACAUGGUCCUCGUCGACCUGCGACCCCAGGCCCUGGACGGUGCCCGUCUCGAGGGUGUUCUCGAGCAGAUCAACAUUGCCUGCAACAAGAACAGCAUCCCCGGUGACAAGUCUGCUCUUACCCCCUGUGGUAUCCGCAUUGGCACUCCGGCCAUGACCUCGCGUGGCUUCGGCACCAAGGACUUCGAGCGUGUCGGUGAUUACAUCGACCAGAGCAUCAAGCUCUGCAAGGAGAUCCAGGGAGCUCUGCCCAAGGAGGCCAACAAGCUCAAGGACUUCAAGGCCAAGAUCGCCUCGGGCGAGAUCGCCAAGAUCAACGACCUGAAGAAGGAGAUCUCGGCCUGGUCCCUGACCUUCCCCCUCCCCGUUGAGGGCUGGAGAGUAGACGCUGGCAUCUAA